AUGCUGAGCGGCGUCCUCUUACUGAGCGUCCUCACGGUCACCAGCCUUUCACCAUCUGAAACGGAGAGCCGCAAAACUUCAGCCUACAAAGAGAUCUGCAAUACUCGCUGCGCCUGUGAGGAGCGGGAGAACAUUCUAAACAUCAACUGUGAGAAUAAAGGAUUUACAACAGUCAGUCAGUUCCAGGCACCACCAAAUAAAAUCUCUCAGCUUUUUCUAAAUGGAAACUUCCUGUCACGGCUCAGUGCCAAUGAGUUUGUUAAUUAUGGCAACGUCACCUCACUGCAUCUGGGGAAUAACGGCUUGCAGGAGAUCCGAACCGGCGCUUUCAACGGGCUGCGCUUCCUGAAGCGGCUCCACUUGAACAACAACAACCUGGAGGUGAUUAAAGAGGACACCUUUGCGGGAUUGGAGAGUUUGGAGUAUUUGCAGGCAGACUAUAAUUAUAUCAGCGCCAUAGAGCCGGGUGCUUUUAGUAAGCUGAAUAAGCUCAAAGUGUUGAUCCUAAAUGACAACCUGCUGUUGUCUUUGCCGCCCAACAUUUUCCGCUUCGUGCUCCUCACCCACUUGGAUUUACGUGGCAACCGGCUCAAGAUCUUGCCGUUUGCCGGGGUUUUAGAGCACAUAGGCGGCAUCAUGGAGAUCCAGCUGGAGGAGAAUCCGUGGAAUUGCACCUGUGAUCUGAUUCCGCUUAAAUCCUGGUUGGACACUAUUUCUGUCUUCGUGGGGGACAUCGUGUGUGAGACGCCGUUCAGGCUGCACGGUAAAGACAUCACGCAGCUCAUAAAGCAGGAUCUGUGCCCUCGCAGGAAUGCUGGGGAGCGCGUUCACCCCGCCUCCGACUCUCACUUUCAAGGGGCCCUCCCCGCAACCUACCACCCCGGCAUGAUCACACCCACCCGUGCCCCGAAAGCUUCUCGUCCGCCCAAAAUGCGCUACAGGACCACCCCACGCAUCACAAAGGACAAACACGUCUUUGGGCCUAUAAUGGUUUACCAGACACGCUCCCCUGUGCCCAUGUUAUGUCCCACUGUGUGCGUGUGCACGUCACAAAACCCUGACAGCGGAUUGAACAUCAAUUGCCAAGAGCGAAAGUUGCACAACAUCAGUGAGCUGAACCCCAAGCCCACCUACCCAAAGAAACUCCACCUGACCGGUAACUACUUACAAGUGAUUUACAGAACUGAUCUCACUGAGUACAGUUCACUGGAGCUGCUUCAUUUAGGAAAUAAUAGGAUAGCAGUGAUUCAGGAAGGUGCAUUUGAGAAUCUAACCAACCUCAGACGGCUCUAUUUGAAUGGGAAUUACAUUGAAUCACUUACUCAAUCCCUCUUCGCUGGCCUGCAGUCGCUCCAGUAUCUGUAUUUGGAAUAUAACAUCAUUAAAGACAUUUUACCACAAACAUUUAACUCUCUGCAUAACCUUCAGCUGCUUUUUCUGAACAACAACCUUUUAAGAUCACUCCCUGACAAUGUUUUCGGGGGCACCAUGCUAACACGACUUAACUUGAGGAAUAAUCAUUUUUCCUACCUUGCAGUCCGAGGGGUUCUAGACCAGCUUUCAGCAUUUAUCCAGAUCGACCUGCAGGAGAACCCCUGGGACUGCACCUGUUAUAUUGUUGCACUCAAGAACUGGAUGGAGCUGUCCAGUACCAGCGUAGUGGUUAACGAAAUUACGUGUGAUUCGCCCUCUAAACAUGCAGGUCGCCUGCUGCGCUCACUUCGCAAUGAGGCCAUCUGCCCCGAUCCCAGCGAGGUGCCCCCGCCACAACAUGCACCCCCUACCAAAGCCCCCACCUUAAUAAGCCCUGGCACCGAAGCCACCACACCUUCCUCUUCUUCUUUUAGCUCAGUUAGCCCCACUGAAUCCCGAAUCCACACUCCAGAGUUACACCCUGAGGUCCCACUUUCAGUCCUGAUUCUUGGACUUCUUGUUGUUUUCAUCCUCUCGGUCUGCUUUGGUGCAGGCCUCUUUGUUUUUGUUCUGAAACGGCGCAAAGGAGUGGAACAUGUCCCCACAGGUGCUAACAACUUAGAUCUCAACUCUUUCCAAGUGCAAUAUGGCUCCUACACUCCUGAACCAACCCAAGACAAAACCACUGAAAGCCACAUUUAUAACUAUAUCCCUCCACCUGUGGGCUCUAUGUGCCAAAACCCUAUUUACAUGCAGAAGGAUGGCGAACAGGUGGCGUAUUACCGCAACCUGAAGGAGCUCAGCUUUGGGCUCCUGGACGCAAAGAAGGAUGUGCUCAACCGCAGCCCAGGAGCCUACACCAUCAGCACAAUGGAUUUUAUGGAUACAUCUCCAACAUCAUGUAGUUUGGCCACCUCAGAACCUCCUGAGAUGUUGUAUCAAAAUUUAGGGGAGAGGCCCCACAAAGAGCUUCCCACGGCUGCAGGCGCCCCUUUCCAUUACAACUUUUGCACUUUACCUAAGAGACCUUGCAUCGUGCCCCCCUAUGAGGCCGCUACAGCCCGGCGGCACAUCACCAACCAGGACAGGUUGAACAAAACUGUACUGUACCCGAGGAAAUACUACGGGGCUGAACACCCUUCGAAAAACAAUGAGCACCCGCUUCUGCUCCCUGGGAAGCUAAAAACAGAACCAGACUACCUGGAGGUUCUGGAGAAACAGACAACGAUGAGUCAACUGUAA